AUGGGGAAGGAACAGUUUCGUGAGUCCGACCUGGCGAGGAAGGUCGUGGGUGUGAAAUUUGUGCCGGGUAAUAGUGAUUUUAUGCGGCAAGCCGCUCACAUUAGGGUUCUUAACAAUCGAUUAUAUGAGGAUAUACCGGGUAAAUGGAUUCCUGCACAAUGUGGACCUCUUGAUCCGCGUUUGGAACUGCAUCGAAGCACGGUCAAUGUAAGACGUGCGGUGUUACAAUGUAUAUGUAAGAGCUGCUCCGGGCUGCUACUACGGGAUGAACAACGGAACCAAUUCUUAAGACAAGUUUCUAACCCAAAUUUAGACUAUCUUAGAAGGAAAGCCAUACAUAAACAUAUAGUUGCUGCAUGUAAGAAGACAAAUCCAUGCCCAAAGUGUGGUCAACGUAAUGGUUUGGUGAAGAAGGCAAUGGGAACUGUGCUGAAAAUUGCUUAUGCACACUCUGUCAGUGAGGACAAUGCUCGGGAGUAUGCAUCGGCCAUCGAGGGUAACGCUGACCUAUCGAAUGCUUUAUUUAAAUCGAAGUUUACUCUGCUCAAUCCACUACGUGUACAGAAAUUGUUCAACAAUAUAUCACAAGAGGAUAUCCCGAUCCUAAUGGUUCGAUCUGGUGAAGUCAAACAUCCUAACGAUUUGCUCCUUACGAGGAUCCCUGUCCCACCAGUCUGUGUUCGUCCUUCUGUGAUAUCCGAGGUUAAAUCUGGUACGACGGAGGACGAUAUAACUAUGAAGUUGUCAGAAAUAAUUCUAAUCAACGAUGUCUUACAAAGACAUAAAAAAGAUGGAGCUCCCGUAAAAACUGUCACUGAAACAUGGGAUCACCUACAGAUUCAAGUAGCACUGUAUUUCAACAGUGAACUAUCCGGACUUCCUCCUGAGCUGCAACCAAAGAAGGCUAUGCGCGGGUUCACCCAACGUUUGAAGGGAAAACAAGGGCGCUUCAGGGGAAAUUUGUCCGGGAAACGAGUGGAUUUCUCUGGAAGAACAGUUAUUUCACCUGACCCUAAUCUGCGGAUUGAUGAAGUUGGAGUUCCUGUUUAUGUCGCACUUACUCUGACAUUUCCCGAAGUUGUUAAUAAUUACAAUAUUGAACGAAUGAAGAAACUGAUCCUCAAUGGAUCGGAUAUUCACCCUGGUGCAAACUAUGUAAUCGACCGAGUUACUGGGACGAAACGGCUGUUAAAGUAUGGAAGUCGUGAGACAUGUGCAACAAGCCUAAAGGUUGGAGAUAUAGUGGAGCGUCAUUUGGAUGAUGGCGACAUUGUUUUAUUUAAUCGACAACCAUCCCUUCAUAAGGUCUCAAUUAUGAGUCAUCGUGCACGUAUUGUACCAGGAAGAACGUUUAGGUUCAACGAAUGCGCUUGCACACCAUAUAAUGCUGAUUUUGAUGGCGAUGAAAUGAAUUUGCACGUGCCACAAACGUACGAAGCAAGGGCUGAGGCUAGUCUUCUUAUGGGUGUUAAAAGUAAUCUCAUCACUCCGCGAUCUGGCGAACCAUUAAUCGCAGCAAUACAGGAUUUUAUAACGGGUGCUUAUUUGCUGACACACAAAGACACUUUUCUAACGUACAGUGAGGCUUGUCGAUUUGCUGCGUCAAUCAUUGACUGCUAUUCCAAGAAACAAAAGCGGAUUCGACUACCACCACCUGCAAUUAUGAAACCCACACGAUUGUGGACCGGAAAACAGCUUAUGGAACUGAUCAUAUCGGAUGAUUUUAAAAACCCUAGAAAGCUAAACCUUGUCACACCUAACAAAAGCUAUACCGGGAAUAAAGAAUUCUGUCUCAAGGAUUCUUAUGUCAUAAUCCGAAAUGGACAACACCUUGCUGGAGUUUUGGAUAAAUCACUACUAGGAUCUGGAUCGAAGAAGAACAUAUUUUACAUACUGCUUCGAGAUUUUGGUGAAGAUGCUGCUGUGGAUGCCAUGUGGCGAAUUGCAAGAAUGACUCCAGUUUUUCUCUCCAAUCGUGGAUUCUCAAUAGGAAUAGGUGAUGUGACUCCUAGCGCUCAGUUGCUGAAGGAAAAAACCUACCUACUCGACGAAGGUUACAAAAAGUGUCAUGAGUAUAUCGCACAACUGAAUUCGGGUCAGCUAAAGGCUCAACCUGGGUGUACAGAUGAGGAAACGCUUGAAGCACUGAUACUUCGUGAACUAUCCUCCAUUCGUGAUAAAGCUGGUAAAGCAUGUGUGGAUAAUUUGUCAAAGCAUAAUGCUCCACUUACUAUGGCAGUUUGUGGAUCUAAAGGAUCAUUUAUCAACAUUUCACAGAUGAUCGCAUGUGUUGGUCAACAAGCUAUCUCAGGGCAUCGUCCUCCGGAUGGAUUCGAUAAACGGUCGCUGCCCCAUUUUGAAAAGCUGCAGAAGACCCCAGAAGCUAAAGGAUUCGUGGAAAAUAGUUUCUUUUCGGGUCUAACUCCCACUGAAUUCUUCUUCCAUACUAUGGGUGGUCGAGAGGGUCUUGUCGACACUGCGGUAAAAACGGCUGAGACGGGCUACAUGCAACGACGUUUGGUGAAAUGUCUUGAAGAUCUCUGUGCCAGUUAUGAUGGCACCGUUCGGUCAUCUGUUGGUGAUAUUGUCGAGUUCAUUUUUGGAGAAGACGGCUUAGAUCCUGCAAUGAUGGAAGCGAAAGAUGGAUGCGUCUUAGAUUUCGCUCAUCAACUAGAACACAUCAGAAAUACACAUCCAUUUAAUGGUGAUGAGGAGUUGGAUCGCGACGAUAUGCAGUCGUUAGCAAAAACAAUUCUCGACGCUGAGCUUGGCACCUCCCACGUUCUUUUCCGAGAAAAGUUGCAAGAAUUCGUGGACAAAGUCAUAGAAAAGACUGCAACUAUAUUCAAAACUCCGCAUUUCUGCAGUAGCCAUCCGAAAGGGAUUCCUCCGAAUAGAAAAGGGCUCUGUGCACAAUGUGCCAGUCAGCAGAAAUAUAGAAGCGCUCAGGUGCACGCCUACUGUGUUUCCCAUUCCCAGUUCGUGGCAUUCCUAGAGUCUUGCUGUCUGAAGUUAAGGAAAGCUGUAGUGGAACCGGGUACAGCAGUUGGAGCGAUUGCAGCAACUAGUAUAGGCGAACCUUCGACGCAAAUGACGUUGAAAACAUUCCACUUCGCCGGUGUAGCUUCUAUGAAUAUUACUCAAGGUGUUCCACGUAUCAAAGAAAUAAUCAAUGCUGUGAAGGCUAUUUCUACUCCAAUCAUAACAGCAAAAUUGACUAAUGUUAGGGAUGAAAAACUGGCUAGACAGGUUAAAGCACGGAUAGAUGUAACUACAUUAGGAGAAAUUUGCGACUAUAUCGAGGAGGUGAACAUGCCAGACAACACAUUUUUGCUUCUUAAACUGAGUACGAGGAGGAUCCGAAUCCUUCACUUGGAGGUCACAAUGUCUACUAUUGUGCAAAGCAUCUUACACACUAAAUGUCUUGUCCCAUUCAAACCCUCUCAGAUAACCACCGUAGGAAAGUCAAUGAUGGUUAUUAGGCCACCGAAUGAUUCCAAAUUCAGCAAAUGUAUCACUGUUCAAAUAAUGAAGCAAGCUCUACAGAAGAUAGUAGUGAAAGGUCUUCCAAAUGUGAAACGUUGUGUUAUCCAUGCUGACGAGAAACGUGGAGAUGAGUUUAGCAUUAUUGUCGAGGGCAGCGAUUUCCGUGGUGUUCUAUCUGAGCCAGGGAUUGAUGGUCGAUAUACGAACUUCAACAACGCACUCAUCGUUUCUGAGGUUCUCGGAAUCGAAGCUGCCCGAUCCUGCAUUAUAAACGAAAUUAUCGCCACCAUGGAAGCUCACGGUAUUGGAUUGGAUAGGAGACACGUUAUGUUGCUAGCUGAUGUUAUGACAUAUCGUGGUGAGGUUCUUGGCAUAACGCGUAAUGGAUUGGUGAAGAUGAAAGAAUCGGUUCUGUUGUUGGCAUCAUUCGAAAAAACCAUGGAUCAUUUAUUCGAAGCAGCUUUCUAUUCUCAGCGGGACCCGAUUCAUGGAGUCUCGGAGUGCAUUAUUCUUGGAAUCCCGAUAUCAAUUGGAACAGGAAUGUUCAAGCUACAUCAGAAAGUUCCAGAUAUAGUCUCAGCAGCAGUACAAAACCUGCUGCAACUGUUCGCCCUAUAUUAUAUAUUAGCUGUACUACUUGGAGCACCAGUAUUAAGUGAACUGUACGCAACGUGUAUACUUUCACUCUGGUUAACGUUGCUCACUGGCCUACCUCUGAUUCUUGUUUAUAAAGGAGAAAAUCAGCUUAAGAGAUUUCUAUUCGAGGGCAGGUGCACAGGUUUUGUAGAGCUUCUGGCCCAUCGAGCUAUUUUGGGAGCUGUCGUCGGUGCUUGGCUGGGAGCAUUCGUGAUCCCGCUUGACUGGGAUCGCUGGUGGCAGCGUUAUCCUCUCCCGAAUCUCGUCGGAGCUACGUGUGUGGAUUCUUCGCCGUUUCCGAAGGGAAAAGUUGCCAUAGAUCCUAUGGCCUCUAAGGUCACCUCGCAGAAACUUCGAGGGAAUGGUACCAGUUCGCUAUCUCUGGAGGGUUUAUUUGGCCACUAUCGCUUUGCAGACGUUCCGAAACUCAAAGCGAUUUUUUAUGCUGAGUUCGAUAUAGAAAUUGGACCGGUUAUACGCUAUCAGAUACCGGAUGAUCAAACUGUUGUUUCACCGGAAAGAUUUUCCGCAUUUUCCGCUGCUAUCAUUCCUAAGGAUGAAAUGCUGAAUCGCCUUAUUAAACUCAAUUUUCGGGACUACAAGGUUAUGGGACAUCCUAUUGGACUAAAGCAUGAUACGUGGUAUGCUCGUGGUCAACUGAACUUUAAUAUGUGUUUUGUCGUGGCCAAGGAAUCCACUAUCGAUUGUAUGUACGAACCUCUUGUGCAAAAAUUUGCUGAAUAUCUUGUUGAUUUGGAAAUGGAAUGCGGUUUCCUUCAUGUCGCCGAAAAACGAGCACAGCUUCCAACAAUUAUGAGAAAAGUUUUUACGGAUCUCAAUACGUGCGGUGAGUGCGUACUACCAGUUACCGAUUUGACUACACUCUAUCUCAAACUUUGCCCUUCGUACAGAGGUGUGGAGCCUCCUAAGGUUAGUCUUUAUAUGGUGCCGAUGUUCAUCAGAGCUAUACAAGUAACUCCUGCUCUCAUAGACAAAAUGGAUGUUUUAUCCCAGAAAAUAAUACCUAAAAUAGAUGGGAUACGGUGCGUAAAGGAAAUUGCUACAGAAGUAGAGAUAGAUCCUGACCUCGUAAUGCGAUGUGUGAGGAAUUUACAUUUCUAUGAGUGUGUCAGCCUGGUUCCUUUAUUUCUAUACUCAAACACAUACGUUUCCACUGAAAAACUGCACGAUUUCUACAGUAAUCCGUCAGAAAUCGAGGACUGCUUACAGUUCUCUCGUUUUCGUCUUCCUGAUGGUGAAUUAGGUCCUGUCCCACAAUUUUGCGAUGUUUUCAGAUUACUUGUAAGCUUGAAGUGUGGUAUGACUUUACGUGAUUGGUGUGAUGCUAUGACACCUCGUCGAUAUAACGUUGAUGAACGUCGUUUAGUACAGUUCGGAAUGCAUCAUCAUUUUUUAAGAAAAUUAUCCAUAUACCCUAUAACAACGGUUCCGACUAAUGAGGUGGAGCUAUCUGGAAAGAUUUUUCGACUCUGUGAUGGGACUCGUGCAUUGGAGGAUUUAGCGGUAAUCUACGACAUGAUGCCCGAUGAGUUACACUACAACGCCGAAAUUCUUCCUGAAUUAACGUUUGAAGAACUUCACAUCGGAGUCCAUGGCCUACAAUGGAAUGAGAAAGAAGAGAAGCUUUCCGAUUUUAUCAUGGCGAUCAGGAGCACCUAUGGGAAUCCGCAGUUCGCUUGA